GCACAAACAUGCGUAAUGAGACUCUGGACAAAAGAAUUUGCACCUUCAAUGCCAGGCUGGCUCGAGGACAUAAAUGCCUGUAUCCUCUACAAACGUACAACUGAUCCGCUUAGCGUCAGCCCACAGCACAGCCUCCUAGUGAGACUCUCCCAUACUGACCUGCUGCUGACUCCUGCCCUGUUCCUGUACCUGGUCCUGCUGGUCCUGCUGCAAUGGUUGUGCGAUGCGUACCUGCCUCUGUUCCUCGGUGUUGGCUUCACCAGUGCUGCCUGCUGCUUUGUCUUGGGAAGGGCCACCCAGAGGAGAUUGCUCCCUGUGGCAGGGAAAGCCAUCUUCAUCACAGGGUGUGAUUCUGGCUUUGGAAAAGAGACUGCACGCCACUUGGACUCCAUGGGCUUUAAAGUAUUUGCCAGUGUGCUUGACUUGGAGAGCUCUGGGGCCAAAGAGCUCCGGCAGAGUUGCUCACCCAGACUCACACUGCUGGAGAUGGACUUGACUAAAACAGAGGAUAUCCAGAGAGCCCUGCAACUCAUACAGACCCAGACAAAAAGCACGGGGCUCUGGGGCUUGGUGAACAAUGCUGGAUUCAAUGACACCAUUGCCGAUGCUGAGCUCUCCCCGCUGUGCAAGUUCCGCAUCUGCAUGGAAGUGAACUUCUUUGGCUCCCUUGAGCUCACCAAAGGCCUCCUGCCCUUGCUCCGCUCUUCCGCUGGGAGGAUUGUCACCAUCAGUAGCCCAGCAGGUGAUAUGCCAUACCCCUGCUUAGCAGCAUAUGGUGCAUCGAAAGCUGCCCUUGGCCUCCUUAUGGAUACUUUCCGGAGUGAGCUUCAGCCCUGGGGCAUAAAAGUGAGCUUGAUCCUACCUGGCUACUUCAAAACGGGUACAACUUGUGACCUUCAGUUCUGGCACCUCAAGAAGCAGCAGCUCCUGGCCAGCCUGCCCACUGAGCUGCUACAGGCCUACGGAGAAGAGUAUAUUGAGGAAAUCAACAGGCAGUUUGUUAAAUUCAUGAAGGUGGCUGUGGAGGAUUUGAGCACUGUAGUGACCAGCAUCACAGAUGCCCUCAUCUCAGCCAACCCGGCAACGCGGUAUUACCCCGGGCAGGGGCUUGGGUUCAUGUAUUUUAUGCACCACUAUCUGCCUUACUGUAUCCGUGACUUCUUCCUCAAAGGUUUCUUCAUAAACCACAAACUGCCCAGAGCACUGGAGCCAAAACCACAGAACAAUGCCAAGAAAGAAUGACCUUCACUCACAGGUUGGGGGAGGUGGUUUAAGCCAUCUUAGGGAAUAGAUGGAGAGUCAGGAAAUUUUCUCACUUUAUUUUCCUAGGCACCAAAUUCAUUAGAGGAGCAUGAGAGGAAGUGCAUGCAGGAGCGCGCGUGUGUGUGUGUGUGUGCACGUGUGUGUACACGUAUGUCAGAACAGCCUCUCAUGUUGCUUGUGUGUGUUAUGUAGAGCCAAUCAGCACCAGUUGUAAACCAAAUUGCUUUCUCCGAAUCAAAUGGACAAAGAUAUAUUUUCUACUGUGUAAGAAUCAGAGUGCCCUGGAGACCUUGUUUUGUAUUUUUCUAAUUGUGUGCAUGUGUUUGUAUGUGUGUCUCAUGAAAAGGCCAUGAUUGGUAUUUGGAUCAUAUGGGUUUUCCUGCCCCUUGCAAUGUAAUGUACCUCAAAAAUUUUUCUCAGCUAAGUGAAAUUUUCCUUUGCUGUUACUGGGUCUGUAAGCAUUAAUCUCUAUUGUCUCUUGACUGGCUCAAGAGCUUUAGCCUUUAUCUGCUAAUGUUCGAAACCUGGGCCAUGCCACUUGUUACACUGCACUCCGGGACCCAAGAGGCCCUGACUAUGGUAUUCCAUGUCUUCAUGAAUUUUGGCUGGGACUUCAGUGGCUAAGUCUAGAUUACAUGGUCUGCAGGUCUCUCCACAUGAUGAACGAUGUGAUUGUCACUUUUUAAAUAAAUUGGAUAAUUGUAUUUCCA